CAUUAACCACUGCUUCGGGUUCUGAAAGGAAAACCCCACAAAGAGGACCCAUACCAGCAACAUAAUCUAUAUUCUAUAUGCAUACACAAGAAUAGGGGCUUCACAUUUCAUGGAUUCUUUUGUUGUGGCAGAAUUUCAAGCUUCCUUUCUUGGGUUGAAAAAGCUGGGGUUUUGAUGGUAAUGUGGGUGAGUUGGGUACUAUCUUAUUAAACUACGGUCGCUAUGGAUUCUUCUUCUGAGGGAAUUUCACUUGAUCCUUCAAACUGUAGUAAGAUGAGUGUGGAUGAAAAGAGAGAACUUGUAUAUGAAUUAUCAAAGAGACCGUAUGGGGCCUCUGAACUGCUACAGGCAUGGAGCCGACAGGAGAUUUUACAGAUUCUAUGUGCAGAGAUGGGAAAGGAAAGGAAAUACACUGGCUUGACGAAGCAGAAAAUCAUCGAAAAUCUUCUAAAAAUAAUAGCUGAAAAGAAAUCAGGGGAACAUGAGGUCUUAUCAGACCUUGAACCACAUUCUUCCCCUGCAGUUGGUCAAAAAGCAUCUAAAAGGCAGAGGAAAGCUGAUAAUCCUUCUAGAUUGGCUGUUUCAGUGGAUGAUGUUUCAAUGGAUAAUGGUGGAAAUGACAUUAGUAAUACUACCUAUUGCAAAAACUCUGCUUGUAAAGCUACCAUGAGACGAGAGGAUGCAUUUUGUAAGAGAUGCUCAUGCUGCAUCUGUUUUCAGUAUGAUGACAAUAAGGAUCCUAGCCUCUGGUUAAUUUGCAGUUCUGAGUCUCGAUUUCAAGGCAAUUCUUGUGGCCUGUCAUGCCAUCUUGAGUGUGCCUUAAAGCAUGAAAGUUCUGGAAUUGGGAAAGAUAGACGGCGUGGAGGCAUUGAUGGGAGCUUUUAUUGUGCUUCCUGUAGAAAAAUAAAUGAUUUACUUGGUUGCUGGAAAAAACAACUGGUAGUUGCGAAGGAGACCAGAAGGGUUGACAUACUCUGUUAUCGCAUGUCCUUGGCGCAAAAACUUCUUAAUGGGACUGAAAAGUACCAAAAGCUUUCUGAAAUUGUCGAUGAAGCUGUUAAGAAGCUUGAAGCUGAAGUCGGUCCACUAACUGGUAUACCAGUGAAAAUGGGUAGGGGUAUUGUUAACAGGCUUUCUUCUGGACCAGAAGUUCAGAAACUCUGUUCUUUUGCUGUGGAGAGACUGGACAAAAUGAUUUCUGAUACUGUUGUGCAUUCUUCACCCAAUCCUAUCAUGCAAGUUUGUUCUCCAACAUCUCCAGAUUCAGAUCCUAUUGCACCAGCAAUGGUACACUUUGAAGAUGUUCGGCCAACGUCCCUAACUGUGAUUUUUGGUUCAAAAGAACCUUCAGAGGGUGGUGUUUUGGGUUACACCUUAUGGCAUCGUAAGGCUCAUGACAGGGAUUAUCCUGUGAAAUCAACUUGCACCCUAUUUGCACCAAAUACGAGGUUUGUUGUGACAGGACUGACUCCAGCUACAAAGUAUCAUUUUAAAAUUGUUUGUUUUAAUGGUUCAAGAGAGCUGGGUAAAUGUGAAGUUCAGUUCUCAACAGCCGGUAAUGGGGAUCAAGUUCCAAACUGCUCAGUAAUAGAAAGGAGUCAGAGCCCAGCUACCAACUGUAGCAGCCUUUCUAAUCCAUCUUCAGUAGAAGAUGAAACUAAUAACAUCACUCCUUAUGGUGAUCAGAACGAUGACCGGGCAGACAAUUACAAUAGCUAUUGCAAGGAAUCUGAUAAAUCCGUUUCCAUGAAUUUGUCCAACGGUGCCAACAACUGCAUUAUCCUGUGUGAAGAUAGAACCCCCCCUGAUGCAGUUUCUUUGUUGGGAGAGGAGCAUGCCAUGGAGGUGGCCGAUCCUUUGCCAGAUUCUGAUGUGUUAAAGGUUGAGAAAAGGCAUGUUUCAGAGGGCCAUAUGAUUGAGGAGAUGAGCACUGACAAUGGGUCUGAUGCCCCAGUUCAGGCUGGCUUGGAAUGUGUGCCUUACAUGGGUAGCUCAGAAGCUGGCGUGCCCAUUACUCCCUGCAGGUUGGAAAUAUCUAAAGAUGGGCAGGGAAGGAAUGGGAGAUCAAAAUCCAGCAGCAAGGAUGCAGAAAAUGGGACUGGGAAAGGAAAGGAGACUCAAGAUGGAGGUUCUUCAAAGAAGAGAAAUGGGGAAAGGCGGGAUGAAGAAUGCAUGGCCAAUGGUCUGUCAGAUAGUGAUUUUGAGCAUUAUGUGAAGGUGGUUAGAUGGUUAGAAUGUGAGGGACAUAUAGAGAAGAAUUUUAGGCAGAAGUUCCUGACCUGGUACAGCUUGAGAGCAACUCCACAGGAGGUCAGGGUUGUGAAGGUCUUUGUUGACACUUUCAUGGAUGAUCCAGCAUCUCUUGCAGAACAGCUUGUGGAUACCUUUUCAGAUUGUAUCUCAAGUAGAAGAUCAUCCGUUGUUCCUGCCGGUUUCUGCAUGAAGCUUUGGCAUUGAAAUUCUUGUCAGAAAGGGUCCUGCUAUUAGAUGGAAUAGGUUUUUUAGCACAGACCUCAGCAAGGUUUGUGAACCAUAAUUCUUUGGGCCCAUAACAUUCUUCAUUUAGACUAUCACAUCAUGAUUUAUGUUUACAAUUAGCUUUUGUCAUUCUUAUGAUCACUUAAGAAUGCAAGAAAUCUUAUCCUCCUUUUCUAAUACAUUCCUUGACCCAUUCCUCAUUUUAUUUACUGGCUCAUCAUUCAAUGUAUUUAUGUGCCAGAGCAAAUGUUUAGCUCUUCUCCUCUUGAAAAUGGUUGAAGCAACUUUAAGUGGAGUUCCAAACACACCCAUUAAUAAUCAUUGCUUAAUUAU